AUGGCCGAAUCCUACGAGUACCGCAAGAAGCUCGACGAGCAAGUCAAGGAGACGAUCAACCAGAGACUCGUCGAGUCGGGCGAGAAGGAGCGGCUUAAGGAAGCGCUGCGGCAGAAGCUCACCGAGUGUGGCUGGCGCGACGAAAUGCGCACAUACUGCAAAGAGCUCAUCAAGACCAAAGGCAUCAACCAAAUCACGGUCGAGGACCUCGUCGACGAGAUCACACCCAAGGGCCGCGCUGCGGUGCCCGACUCGAUCAAGGCCGACAUGCUCGAGCGCAUCCGCAAGUUCCUCGAUUCGGCAAAGUAA